AUUGUAUAGUACGACCAUUGAAUAUUUUCUUCAUUUAAUUCCAAUUCCAUUGACGUCAUCCAGCAAAUAACAUCUGAUGUAAACCAGGGGAUCGGAUCGGAUUCGAGCGGAGUAGGGUUUCGACUGAGAUUUUGUUGACAAAUCUAGCUUAUUUCUGAUUGAAUCACAAUUGGCGAAUAUGAUGUCCUUCGAGAUGAACGAUCGUAAAAAAAUUGGACUUGGUUUGACGGCGUUCGGGGUGUUCUUUUCAUUUCUUGGGAUCAUUUUCUUCUUUGAUAAAGGUCUACUUGCAAUGGGAAAUAUCCUUUUCUUCUCAGGCGUGACAUUAACCAUAGGGCUCAAGUCUUCUGCCCAGUUCUUUAUGAAGCGUUCGAAUUUCAAGGGAACAAUUUCUUUUGGUGUUGGCUUCUUCUUGGUUAUCAUUGGAUGGCCUAUCUUAGGCAUGAUAGUUGAGGCUUAUGGAUUUAUUGUGCUCUUCAGUGGCUUCUGGCCGACACUGGCUGUAUUUCUGCAGAAGAUGCCUAUUAUCGGAUGGUUGUUCCAGCAACCUUUUGUGAGAUCGAUUUUUGAUCGUUACCGUGGAAAGCGAGUACCUGUCUGAAUCUCUUUUUCACCAGAAAUGUCACUUACUUAUGGGCUGCCUUGUAAGUUCUGUAAAAAUGUUUUCUGACAAGCAUGUCAGGAUAGAACCGAUACCGUGUGGUACAUGUCAAUAUGGGUUUGAUUUUGUGUAUGGUUCUUGUUACCUCACUGGGAAAUGAAAGUCCAUUCUUUUGAGGUAAAUGCAGCUUCAA